AUGGAAGUAUCAUCGUCAAUUAGGUUUGCAGGCCCUUUUAAUCUUCCUAUUUCCUCUACUGAAGAUCGAUUUUACUUAUCAGCAAUACAGGAAUGUGAUGCUCCUAACAUUUAUUCCAUUCUUUGUCCAACAAAUAUAUUAUCUGCGGACAUUCAUAAAUGGUCAAGGUUGAUUCCUAACCCUUACUCUCUUUCCGAUGCUGAAUUUUUUGUAUCGAAAUGCCUCAGUUUGUAUUCUGAGACCCACACUUGUACAACAUGGGCAAUCCGUAACGAUCAAAAGGAAUUUAUUGGGUGCAUUGGAUUGCUUCUACUUGGUGAAUCUUCCUACAAUAUAUCUUCUGAUUUUUAUCUCUCUGAGAGCAGUUAUGAAAUUGGCUAUUAUAUUUCCCCAAAUUAUAGAAAUCUUGGCAUUACUAGUUCUGCCUUGAAAUUUGUUUGUGAUGAAAUCGUCUUUAGUGGUUUAGGAUUAAGUCAUUUAUACGCAAUGGUUUUUGUUGGAAAUGUUAAAAGUGAACGUAUAUUAAAAAAAUCUGGGUUUAAGUUUGAAAAGAUAUUAAAAGAUGCAUCGGUAAAAAAUGAUAAAAAG